AUGUUCCCCAUUAUAUUCAUGUGUCUGUGGCUUUCACUAGGUGACUCCAUGGCAGACCCAAUAAAGCCACUUCUCACUAGUAAAGAUGUAGAUGAAGGUGAUAAUGUUACUCUCUCCUGCAGCUACAAAAACAGUGCUUCAGUACCAGACUACCUGUACUGGUACAAACAAUAUCCAAAAUCCAAACCCGAAUACCUUCUUUUCCUUACUCCAAGUGGAUUUAAAAGUGACUCCAUCCCACGUCUGUCUGCUAAAGUUGAUAAUAAUAAAAAACAAGUGGAUCUGCUCAUCUCCUCUGCUGCUGUAUCAGACUCUGCACUGUACUACUGUGCUCUGAGGCCCACAGUGACAGGAAAUCCAACUGCACUGCACAGACCACGGCACACUCCCAGAAAAGUACGCAACUUGGACAACCCAUGCUCUCUGAAUGUGGGCUCUGCAGGUUCCCUCUCGUUCUCUAUUGGACUUUGGAACUGCCAAUCUGCCUUCAACAAGGCAGAUUUCAUUCCUGCCUUUGCAACAUACUCCAACUUCAGUGUGCUGGCUCUGACUGAGACCUGGAUCCAUACUGAGAACACUGCCACACUCGCUGCCCUAGCCUCCAACUACAACUUCUCCCAUACCUCACAUCCCAACAGAUGA